GUCAACCAACAUCGAUCGCUGCCUCCCUGCCUCGACGUCCACAAGUGAUGCACCCAAACCCCCAAGCACAGUGGCUCCUCGAUGGCAGGCGUUGACGAGGAAAACGAGCGCCUUGCGCACGCCGACUACUGGGACGGCCGGUACGCCGAGACCCAGGCCACUGCAAGCGACCAGCAGCUGCACGAGUGGUUCCGCUCAGCACAGGACCUCGAAGACUUUUUCACCAAGCACCUCUACACGCCCAGGCCACCGCCAUCGCCAUCGCCAUCGGCAGCUGCAUCUGCUGCCGCUUCAGACCCCCUGAUCCUCCACCUGGGGUCCGGGGACAGCCUGGUCCCGCAGCACCUCGCGGCCAAGGGCUACAGGAACCAGCUGUGUGUUGAUUUCAGCCACGUCGUCGUCGAGACCAUGGCCAAGCGCCACGCCGACCUGGGCCUGCUUGACACCGCCAUCCGCUGGCAGCAGAUGGACGUUCGCGCCAUGGCCUCGCUGGGCGACGGGUCUGUCGACGUCGCCUUCGACAAGGGCACGCUCGACGCCAUGAUUCACGGCAGCCCCUGGUCCCCGCCACAGGACACGCUAGACAACACAUCAGCCUAUCUUCGGGAGGUGUCCCGGAUCCUGAACAAGUCCGGAGGCGUCUUUCUCUACGUCACAUACAGACAGCCACACUUUGUCCGGCCCUUGCUCACCUGCGACGGGACAAAUUGGGACUUGGAGGUUGAGCAUCUCGGGGCAGGCGACGGGUCAUUCGGGUAUUAUGGCAUUGUGUGCCGUCCGAGAGUUGCGGAGACAUAGAGUUCGAGGGAGUGAAGAAAGCUCGGGCGGAGAGGAAAGCCGUGACGGUGAUAUAUAUAUGGCAAAUGUUUGAGGUCCUAGGUACUGGAACCUUUCUGUGUCCAAAUUCACAUGUUUCUAUGCUUUUAAGCAUCUCUCCGAGCCCUUGGACGACCCGACGUCUCAGUCUUGACAGCUGACGGUCUAGACUUUUGAGUUCCAAUCUGCCAGUUUGGGAAUUCAUGUCCUUGGAUGUUGUGCUUGUGAAACAGUGGUCUACCCAGGCCUCGACGCUUUGGAAAC